GAGAGAGAAAGGCCUUAUCUUGGACUGCUAUGCGCAAUAGACAUUAAUCCACAAGGCAAAGAACGAAAGAGAGCAACAUAAACAGCCAACACAUAAAUCUUCUGAAAAAACCAAAAAAAGAAAAAAAGAAAAAGAAAAAAGAAAUCUCAAUUUCCCAUCACUCCCCCUCCUCGCAAUCCAAUCCCCCCUCUUCCCGGAGAAAACACUUCCAGCCAACACCACAACACAAAAUAAAACAAAAAAAAAAAAAAAAAAAACGGAGCUAUUUCAUUUCAUUUCAGCUAUUACUCACAACAAUCGUACUCCGACGACAUCCGUAAUUUUUUUUUUUUUGUUUGUUUCUUAUAUGAUUACUUUUUUCUCUCUAUAUAAAAUAUAUAUAUUUAUGUCGUCUUUGCAUCCACAGCAACAUCCACUCCAUAAUCACUUGGAUUGUCUAGUAUUAAAAUAGGAAGAUGAAUCACUGUGUUCCUGAUUUCGAAAUGGAGGACGAUUACCCAAUCCCCUCAUCUUCUGGACUCACUAGACCCAGAAAAUCCCCACUGCCAGACAACGAUAUCAUGGAGCUGUUGUGGCAAAACGGCCAGGUUGUGAUGCAGAGCCAAAACCAGAGGUCUAACAGAAAAAUUUCACCAGCCACCAAAUACGACACCGUAAUCCCCGCCGACAUAGAGAUCAGGUCGUCCUCCCAAGGACAAGUCCAUGGGACCGCCACUCAACACCAUCACCAGCCUCAACACCAACACCAACACCAACAACAACUAUUUAUGCAGGAAGACGAAAUGGCCUCGUGGCUCCACUACCCUCUCGUCGACGACUCUUCUCUGGACCACAAUUUCUGCUCCGACCUCCUCUAUCCAACCUCCUGCGUUAACACAGCCAACUCUGCCCCCCUUCCCGUUCGGACGCCUCCUCAUGUUUCCGAUGUUCGGCCGGCGACGAUGCCACCCUCAUAUGCCCCGAGGCCUCCGAUACCUCCUCCGGGCAGGAUUGAACCGGAGUCGAAAUUGCAGAGUUUUCAGCAAUUAUCAUCGAGGAACAAGGCGCCGAGGCUUGAAUCCAGGCCUUCCUCAUCGAAGAGCGUUAUGAAGGAAUCGACGGUGGUAGAUUCCAGUGAUACGCCGGCGGUUGGCCAACGGUCGCAGCUUAUGGAGAUGAUGAGGAGGAACUCGGCGGAGUUGUCGAACGCUAAUUUGAGGUGCGGGACCGUCAGCGGCGGAGGAGGAGUGGCGGCUACGACGUCGUCUGGCGGUGGGAAGGAUUUGGUGACGUGUGAUAUGACGGUGACAUCAUCUCCCGGCGGCUCGAGUGCCAGCGCGGAGCUGAUUGUAGCGGCUCAGAAGCCGCCAGCUGCUGAGGAUCGGAAGCGCAAAGGAAGAGAAGGCGACGACACUGAGUGCUGUCAGAGCGAGGAUGUUGACUUUGAAUCUGCUGAGGGAAAGAAGCGAGAACGUUCAACGUCUACGAAACGAUCUCGUGCUGCUGAGGUCCACAAUCUCUCUGAAAGGAGACGUCGAGAUAGGAUAAACGAAAAGAUGAGAGCUCUGCAAGAACUCAUACCUCGUUGCAACAAGGUUUCUGAUAAAGCUUCGAUGCUGGACGAGGCAAUAGAGUACUUGAAAUCGCUCCAAUUGCAAGUGCAGAUGAUGUCCAUGGGAUGUGGCAUGGUCCCUAUGAUGUUUCCUGGUAUGCAACAGUAUAUGCCACCAAUGGGGAUGGGAAUUGGUAUGGGCAUGGGAAUGGGAAUGGAAAUGGGCAUGAAUCGACCUAUUAUGACAUUUCCAAAUGUGUUAGCUGGUUCAGCCAUGACAGCACCAGGUGCAACAGCUCAUUUGGGGCCAAGGUUCCCGAUGCCGCCCUUUCAUAUGCCACAUGUUCCUCCUCCAACUGAUCCAUCCAGAAUACAUGCACCGAAUCAGUCAGAUCAAAUGUUAAAUUCACUUGGCACAUUAAAUACUAACCAGUCAAGGAUUCCAAAUUUUUCUGAUCCAUAUCAGCAAUAUCUUGGCCAACACCACAUGCAGCUGCCGCUACAUCAGAAUCAAGCAACGGCCCAGCCAUGUAUUAGCAAGCCAGGUACAAGUCGGGGACCUGAGAAUCUUCAGAAUCGCUAACAGGUUGAAACUUUGGGUUGAUGAAAUUCCAAAAAGGCUUUUGCCUGCUAAGUUUUGUAGUGAAAGAGAACAACAUUCCUCGAGAGUAGCUUUCCUUGGCUGGCUAAUACCAUAUAACACAGCUAACAUUGUAAUUGUUACUACCGUAUAUUAAUAAAUCGUCCAUUUUCCUACUA